AUGGCUGAAGGCUUUGCAUUCGUGACGGGCGGAGCGAGUGGAAUUGGUAAAGGGGUGGCGCAGAUGCUGGUGAAGCACAACAUCAAAGUGUUCAUUGUGGACAGAGACCUCGAAGGCGCCCAGAAAGUUGUGAAUGAGCUGGGCCCCCAGAUGGCAAAAUGUGCCCAGGUCGACGUCGCCAGCUGGAAUUCGCAAGCGAAGGCUUUUAGUCAAGCCGUGGCGGACUUUGGUCGGAUCGAUUACGUCUAUCCCAUCGCAGGCGUCGGCGAACGCCCUUGGAUUCCGAAUGACCCGUCCAUGACUGGCUUCGAGCAGCCUGACCUGACCGUCCUCGACAUUGACCUGACAGGUGUCUUUUACACCGUGGCGUUAGCAGUGCAGCAAUUCAGGAAGCAGCAACCCGGCAAGGACGGGUUCCGGGGCAAGAUUGGAUGUGUGGCAAGCGUCUGUGGGUUCUACUGCAGUCCCACCCUCCCCGUGUAUACCGCGGCGAAGCACGGUGUCGUGGGCCUGGUCAGGAGCUACGGAAAGUACUUGCCCGAGGAGAAGAUCACAAUGAACGCCGUCUGCCCGAACGUGAUCCGGACCAACAUCUCCUCGAGCACCUUUUACGACCAGGUGGAGAAGGCAGGAUUGUUGGUGCCCAUCGAGGGGGUCAUUGACACGUUUGAGAAGCUACUUGGGAGUGACGCGACGUCCGGGGAGAUAUUCGAGAUUGGGCCCAACUACAAGGACCAAGGCGCGGUGCAGCGGAAGGGCACCGAGUUUCUGGACAAGGAGAGCGAGAAGACCUUUGAGUUGCUGUACCACAGGUCGAAACCGCUGCAUCAGCCUCGUUGA